AUGAUGAAGAACUAUCAGUCUGUGAUCGCCUCCGCGGCCGCGAUGGCGCUGCUGUGCCUGGCUGUAGCCGAGCCCGUCCCUUACGGCGGCGGAAGGAAAGGCCACGGCGGGUCCGGGUCUGGCUUUGGCAGUGGAGGAGUCGGAGGUGGAGGAAGAGGAGCUGGUGGAUCAGGGUUCGGAAGUGGAGGACUGAGUUCUAGCACUGGUGGAUCAGGCUUCGGAAGUGGAGGACUGGGAUCUAGCACUGGUGGAUCAGGCUUCGGAAGUGGAGGACUGGGAUCUAGCACUGGUGGAUCAGGCUUCGGAAGUGGAGGAGUGGGAUCCAGCACUGGUGGAUCAGGCUUCGGAAGUGGAGGACUGGGAUCUAGCACUGGUGGAUCAGGCUUCGGAAGUGGAGGACUGGGAUCUAGCACUGGUGGAUCAGGCUUCGGAAGUGGAGGACUGGGAUCCAGCACUGGUGGAUCAGGCUUCGGAAGUGGAGGAGUGGGAUCCAGCAGUGGUGGAUCAGGUUUUGGAAGUGGAGGGUCAGGCUUAGGGGGUGCCGGUAGUGGCUCUAGUGGAUUUGGAUCAGGCUCUGGGAGUGGAGGAUUAGGUGGAUCAGGAUUGGGCGGCAGCGGAGGCGGUGCUGGACAAGGUGACAGCGGCAGUGGAAGCAGCUCCUUUGGCAGUGGAGUUGGAGGCAGUGGAGGCCUUGGUGGUGGUAGCACUUUUGGCUCCACUGGUGGACUUAGUGGCAGUGGAGGAGUUGGUGGCAGCAGUGGCGGCUUUGGAAGCAGUGGUGGAGUUGGUGGCAGCCAUGGAAGUGGUGGAAGCCUUGGAGGUGGCAGCAGUUUUGGUUCCAGCGGAGGUCUUGGAGGCAGCGGCACUUUUGGCUCCACUGGUGGACUUGGUGGCAGUGGAGGAGUUGGUGGCAGCAGUGGUGGUUUUGGAGGAAGCAGUGGCAGUGGCCUGGGUGGUUCUGCAGGCGUAAGGUCAUAUUCCCCAUUAGACAUCAGCGGCAGCAGUAGCGGGGGAUUUGACGUCAGGGGAUCUAAAAUUUUUGGUGGCAGCGGUGGGAUGUCGCAGCAAAGGCCAUCAGCCUGGGAAAUCUACUGUAUUUCGUGCCAGUGUUCGAGCCCUGUGCUACGACUGACUUCAUUUGUCCCAUCUUUGUUUUUGCUGUGUAUUAACGCCUAG